CGACAAGCGUCCCUCCUUUGAACCUUGGCAUAAACAAUGCACAAGAUGUGACUACAACGAUUACUUAACAACAGAAGAUGUUAACGACAUUGUACAGUGAACAAACUGCAAACUCGGGCACAUGAGGACUGUGUACUGGCAGACAGCAAGGUGGGAAAGAAGAAGUCAAGUGAGAAACAACGCCAGAAACUACUGGAGUCAUACUGCUGCUUGUAUUGUACUUCGAUGGGGACUAACCUUAAGCCGAGAGAGGAAGUUAAGAGUACAGGCGAUGUGAAGGAGUUUGCAGGAGAUACCAUCGAACGAGCAGUUUCAGCAGACCUCCCGGACCUGGGGAAAUGUCAACUUCAACAACCGAAGAGCAGUGGAGCGCUCUCAUCUUCCAAAAGGUGGAAGCGUGUGGUGACGAUAACUGAAUCAGGUGUGAAGAGAAGGGGAGUGGUAUGCGUGGGAAUUGGUCUUUGUAGUGGGAGGCAUAUAUAAAUGAGGGAGAUGGAGAAGUAGACGUUAGAGCUAGUGUUGAAUAGAUACAUUAUGGGGUAGAUUAUGACAACUCGUUCCGUAGUUCACCCUAUCACCGUCGCUUCUCUUUUUACCUUACAGUGUGUCAUAAUAGCCUUAACGGCAUAUUUAAAACGGCACCGCUCAUUUCAAUUGAAAUGCGGCCAAAAGCGCAGUGAAACGCCUGGUGCGGGUGCCGGGUGAGGGUGCGUCGUGUCGCGCGGGUGCGUCGUAGAAUUCAGGACUCCCUGCGCGGGCCGAGGCGACGGGCGGUGCGGGAGUGGAGUUA